AUGCUAACUUUGCAGUUGCUGAGGGUUAGUGUUAUCCUGUUGUCCCAUUCAUUUCAAACUCCACUUGGGAAUUGUUACCAUUGGCUAAAGUUUAUCUCUCCAUAUUUUCGUUUUAAUACGCGUUUUAUAUUUUAAUGAAUUCUGCCCUUUUGUCCGACUUUGAAAUGGACACAGCAGCUGGCUAUUGAAAUUCCGGGUUGGAAGUGGGGAGCCAGUGCGCGUGCGUCGUGCGGAAGACGAGACAAAACGCCUAUUCAGUCUCUGUACCCAGUCUCACCUCCACUGGGCUUCACUCAGUCGUGUCGUGUAAUGGAUAUGUUCAGCAUUGCUGUCAGCUGCCUCAGCCCCACCUAUGUCCCUCUUUUUCAUAGGUGAUGGACCGAAUAUGGAAAGAUGAGGGACUGAAUCCUCACCUGACUACCUAUGGUUCCAGCCAGCGUCAUCGUUGGUUUCUGCAGAAUGCUCAGGGCGACGGGGUAGCUUACGAGGCGGCUGUUGAGCGUUUCACCAACGGCUGUACCUUGAUAUUGCCUUGCCACCUUCGUACUGGGUAUUCGUGA